AUGGCCGCGGCCGUUCAAAACUCACGUGUGAGUGCGGGGAAAAAGCUGAAAAAUUCCUUAAAGAAAAAAAAGAAGAUGAAAAUGGUAGCCAGGGCUGUGACAGCGAAGCUGGAAGAUGAGGGCAAAGACGCUUCCGACAGUGAAGGAAGCUAUGAAUCAGAAAAGGAUCAUAUGUCUGAUGAUGAAGCAAUAGAAGCUGACAAUGAGGAUGAUGUUGAACCCUGUGACAAAGAAGAUGAAAAUGCUGCAGAAUCAAGUGCUGGGACUAAUGUGGGCUGGGCAGAUGCCAUGGCUAAAAUCCUUAACAAAAAAACUCCUAAAAGUAAACCCACCAUUCUCAUCAAAAACAAAGAGCUGGAAAAAGAAAAAGAGAAGUUAAAGCAAGAAAGACUAGAGAAAAGAAAACAGCUUGAUAAGAAGCGGGAGUGGGAAAUGAUGUGCAGAGUAAAGCCAGAUGUCGUCAGAGACAAAGAAACAGAGAGAAAUCUUCAGAGAAUUGCAACAAGGGGUGUGGUGCAGUUAUUUAAUGCUGUUCAGAAACAUCAAAAGAAUGUUGAUGAAAAGAUUAAAGAAGCAGGAGGCUCUAUUAGAAAGCGCACUAAGUUGAUAUCAUCUGUUUCCAAGAAAGAUUUUAUUAGUGUUCUAAGAGGAAUGGAUGGGAGUACAAAUGAAAAAAGUUCAUCUGGGAAGAACUCAAAAGCCAAACAGACUGAAAUCAAAUCAGAAGAUGGCCCAGGUUGGACAAUUCUGCGUGAUGAUUUCAUGAUGGGUGCGUCUAUGAAAGACUGGGACAAGGAAAGCGAUGGGCCAGAUAACAGCAGACCAGGAUCUGCAAGUGACUCUGACACAUAAAGCAGUCUAUAGGAAGCAAUAUUUGCAAUAAUUUAAUUUUUUCUAGAAAAAUACUUUAUCCUGUGACAACUGGGGAAUUAUAAGGGUAGCAUUUGGAAGGUGGGGGUCCCAAAGAAUUUUAGCAGCUUUGGUGUUUCCUCUUUUCACAUAAAUUUUGUUAAAAUUAUAUUUUCAACUCCACAUAAUUUAAAGCAUUUUUCCUCAAAACAUUUGUUAAAGAGAAAUAUUAUUUCUAUUUGACCACCAUUUUUCUGGGAUCAUUACACAUGUACACAUAUUGAUCAUGUCUAUUGGUAUAUUGUUUUAAUAUCACCAGUGUUUGUAGAAAUGUAUUAUCAAUUCAUAAUUAAAAUUAAUGCUUUAAAGUUCAUAAUCCUGCCUUCUAAUUCAUACAUCUGUGUAGUUCAGGGGAAUAAUUUGUGAUACCUUGUUUUGUUUAGCUGUUGAGGAAAAAAAAAACCUAUGCUGUAUUUAAAAUUAUAGUAUUUCUGACAUGGGGUGUUGUUUGUAUUUAGAUAAGCUGGAAUGUGCAAUUUAAGAUACACCUGAUUGCCACUUUUUACCUCCUUUUGUAUACUGAAUAAUAUAAAGACAUUUUUAAGUGUUAGAUUACUUUUGCAUGAGAGUAAUGGGGUGGAAAUUCUUAUGUAUUUUUUUAAUAAUUAAACAUAAUUUGUUAGGAAGCUUAUUGGA